AUGGGGGGCUUGGAUGCGGGCACUGUGCCUUCUCUCGGGAAAGAAGAGGUGGGGGCCCCUUUGUCUGCUGCUGCUGCUGCUGCUGCUGCAGCAGCAGCAGCAGAUGGGUGCUGCUGUGCUGCUGUGGGGAGGCUGGUAAAGGGCCUGCGCCGCACCGGGUCAGCAGCCAGGUCAGCAGCAGAAAGAGAAGCACAGCCGGAGGAGACGAUCCCCAGACCGAUCCCCAGAGUGUGGGGUGCUGGGGGGGGGCGAAAGGACUCGCCACGGAUGUCAACUAAAAAGAGACAGAGAAAGAGAGAGACAGAGAGAGAGAGAGAGAGAAAUAGAGACAGAGAGAGAGAAAGGGAGAGACAGAGAGAGAGAUAG